ACUCCACUCAUUUAUGCAUCAUAUUAUGGUCAUCUUGGAGUUGUUCAAUAUCUUAUCUCAGUUGGAGCUAAUAAAGAAGCAAAGAAUUAUUAUGGAAAUACUCCACUCAUUUAUGCAUCAUAUUAUGGUCAUCUUGGAGUUGUUCAAUAUCUUAUCUCAGUUGGAGCUGAUAAAGAAGCAAAGAAUUAUUAUGGAAAUACUCCACUCAUUUAUGCAUCAUAUUAUGGUCAACUUGGAGUUGUUCAAUAUCUUAUCUCAGUUGGAGCUAAUAAAGAAGCAAAGAAUUAUUAUGGAAAUACUCCACUCAUUUAUGCAUCAUAUUAUGGUCAUCUUGGAGUUGUUCAAUAUCUUAUCUCAGUUGGAGCUGAUAAAGAAGCAAAGAAUUAUUAUGGAAAUACUCCACUCAUUUAUGCAUCAUAUUAUGGUCAUCUUGGAGUUGUUCAAUAUCUUAUCUCAGUUGGAGCUGAUAAAGAAGCAAAGAAUUAUUAUGGAAAUACUCCACUCAUUUAUGCAUCAUAUUAUGGUCAUCUUGGAGUUGUUCAAUAUCUUAUCUCAGUUGGAGCUAAUAAAGAAGCAAAGAAUUAUUAUGGAAAUACUCCACUCAUUUAUGCAUCAUAUUAUGGUCAUCUUGGAGUUGUUCAAUAUCUUAUCUCAGUUGGAGCUAAUAAAGAAGCAAAGAAUUAUUAUGGAAAUACUCCACUCAUUUAUGCAUCAUAUUAUGGUCAACUUGGAGUUGUUCAAUAUCUUAUCUCAGUUGGAGCUAAUAAAGAAGCAAAGGAUAAUUCUGAAUGGACUACACUCAUUAAUGCAUCAAAAUAUGGUAAACUUGAAGUUGUUAAAUAUCUUAUCUCAGUUGGAGCUAAUAAAAGAGCAAAGACUAAUGAUGGAAAAACAGCACUUGAUUGUUCGGAAGCAGCAGUAAGAGAAUAUUUAUUAUCAAUUGCAAGAAAAUAA